AUGCCACUUCUCCCUCACUUUUCUAAAUUGCUUUUUCCUUUUUUUCUUCUCUUUCUUUUACUCAAUUGUUUUAUCUUACAUCACACGUCUUACUCAAGUUUUUCUUUUCCAUUUUUUCAUUCAUUGUUUCUUCUUUUCUUUUACUUUUCCACUCUUUCAUUCACUUUUUAUCCUGCUUUUUCUUUUACAUUCUUUCAUUCCCUCUUUUUACCUCUUUUUCAUUUUUUCAUUCAUUUUUCCUGCUUCUUUUUUUUACAUUUCUACCUUUCAUUUACUUUUUCUUCUAAUUUUUUUUCAUUCUUUUUCUUCAUUCACCAUAAGUUGUUACUCUAUUACAUUCACUUAUUCCUUUCAUUUACUCAUUUCAUUCACUUAUUUUUUUUCAUUCCCAUUCUCUUAUUUGCUGUUUCUUCUUCUUCUUCUUUUUCUUCUUCUUCUUCUUCUUCUAUAUUUUUUCUUUUCUGCUCUCAUUCACUAUUACUUGUCUCCUCUAUUUUUCCUUUUAGAUAUUACUUUUUCAUUCUCCCUCUUCUUCUUUUCACCUUUUGCUUUUCUAUCAUUCCCCUUUCAUCUUCAUGUGUCGAUCAUAGUUGA